AUUUUCAUGUUUGUUUUCAAGAAUUGAUACUUCACUAGCCAACACAUUAAUUAACGAGUUGGUUGUGCCCAAAUUAUCGACCCGACCCAUAGAAGUAUCAAACCGUUAAAAUCCCACUCAAGAGUUCAAAAUAAUGGCAACAAAAAGCUUCAAUAUUGAGCACUGAGCACCAAAGAAUGAGCUUCAAACUCGCCAAGAAUGCUAUCUCACAUACAAAAAUUCAAUCUUGCUUUCCUAAACAAGACCUUAAAGGCCAAACAGUUGCUAUAGUUGGUCUUGGGAAAUCAGGGAUAGCUGCUACUAAGCUUGCUCUUGCUAGGGGUGCUUCAGUUUUGGCAAUUGAUCAAAAUGAGAACUUGAGACCAAUCUUUAAGCAAAAUGUUUGCUUGGAUGAGUAUAAUGAUGAUUUGAAGACGGUGUUUGGUAAUUUUGAUAAUGAGUUUCUGAAAGAGGCAGAUAUAGUAGUUGUUUCUCCUGGAGUUCCGCUUGAAAAAUAUGGACUUUUCUCCAUGUUAUGUUCGGGGAAGAAAGUACUCUCGGAGUUGGAUUUUGCUGCCCAAGUUAUUCCCAGUUGCAGUAAGAUCUUAGCUGUGACAGGAACUAAUGGAAAAUCUACUGUUGCCACAUUUGCAGGACAGAUGCUUAACUGUUUGGGUUUCGAGACAUUCGUUGGCGGGAACCUUGGAGUUCCACUUUCAGAAGCUGCUUUUCAGUGCUUAACUUGGUCUCACCAAAGACCUUUACAGGUUGCUGUUGUGGAGGUCAGUAGUUAUCAGUUAGAAAUCCCACCCAAAUACUUCUGUCCUUCAGUUGCUGUGAUUCUUAAUCUUACUCCUGAUCAUCUCGAAAGGCACCAAACUAUGAGGAACUAUGCUGCAACCAAGUGCCGCAUUUUUUCGCACAUGAGAGGACAGAAAAUUGGUAUCAUUGCUCUUGGAAACCAGUAUCUUGAUGAAGCAAUUAUGGAUCACGCAAAUGGCGUUAAUCUUGCUUGGAUUGGAUCUCGCCCUGGUGUCAGGGUUGAUGUGGAGGCCAAUAUUGCUGACUUAAAGCUUCCUACAGUAGGAUGUGUUUCACAACUAAAAUUAGGUGAGCUGAAGGCAGUUGGGAAUCACAAUUACACUAAUGCUGCAGUGGCUGCACUAUCGGUUAUCGGGUUGGAUAUUGAGAUCAACGCUACAGCUUUAAGCUCAACUAUUUCCAAAUUGAGAACUCUGCCUCAUCGAAUGCAAGUUGUUCAUGUAGACAAUGAUGAAAUAACUUGGGUUGACGACAGCAAGGCAACAAAUGUUGAAGCAACAUAUUCUGGAUUGAUUGGCUUUGAACAGAAAUCGGUGCUUCUACUUGGUGGUCUUGCAAAGGAGGUAAAGACAAAGGCUUCUAAUGGAUUUGAGCAGCUGGUAGAACCUCUUCAACACCAUCGGGCUGUAAUCACUUUUGGAUUUUCAGGAGUGAUGAUUCAGAAGACACUCUGUGCUAAUGGCCUUACAAUUCCAUGUUUGAAUGCUAAAACUCUUAAGAAUGCUGUGAGCUUAGCAAGGAGUAUAGCACAACGUGGGGAUGCCAUUGUACUAAGUCCUGGUUGUGCUAGCUUUGACGAGUUCAGAAAUUUUGAGCACCGAGGAAGGACCUUUCAGGAGCUUGCUAUCUCAUUAGAGUGACCAUCUCGUCACAAGUUCAUUGGAGAUGGACCAUUUUCGCCUUGUAAUGCUUUUAAAUUUAUGUACAUAUUCCUAGAUUCACUCUUCCUUUUAAAUUCACUACUAGGCCUGAAUUCUUGGAGAUGUAGUUUUCCAAGGCAGUAAAGGGAUUUUGAGAUAAUUAAUUAAAUGCUAUGAUAGAGUUGUAUUAGAUAACUAAACAAGACUCAUUUUUUUGAACUUUUUUCUAUUUUUAUCGUUUCGGCCUUUCACUUUA